UAGGGCUUUUCAGUGGUGGCUCCCUGCUUGUGGAAUGCUCUCCCCAGGGCACCAGACAGAAAUGUAACUUUUUUUUACCUGGGCUUUUGGCCCUUAAUUUGAAGGGUUCUAAGUAAGCUCUUAUGGGACCCAGGUGGCACUGUGGGUUAAACCAUUGAGCCUAGGGCUUGCUGAUCAGAAGGUCUGUGGUUUGAAUCCCUGUGACGGCGUUUCCGUGUGCUGCUCUGGUUCGCCAGAAGUGGCUUUGUCAUGCUGGCCACAUGACCUGGAAGCUAUACACCGGCUCCCUCGGCCAAUAAUGCGAGAUGAGCGUGCAACCCCAGAGUCGGUCACGACUGGACCUAAUGGUCAGGGGUUCCUUUACCUUUACCUUUUAAAGUAAGCUCUUAGUGGCACAGGAUCCAUAACGCCUGCCCUUCGUUUGGUAUGGAUGUGGGGUUUUUUUAGUAUUAUUUGGUUUGUUGUAACCAGUUUUAAUGCUUAUACUGUGUUGUAACUCACUUUUGUAAGUAAAGUAGUUAAUAAAUAUAAAUAUUAUUUUGUUAGCUGCACGAUACGGUCCCUAAGUUACCCAUAAUCAGGUUUUUAAAACAUGCAAAAUAUUAGUGUUGCUAUACUAAUAACAACAGUGAGUAACAACGCAUGUGGUGCUAUAUAAUAUUUAUAGUAUUACAACACCUGUGUACUGGGUAUAUAGUACCGUAUCUUAGAGUUUCAUUGGCUAGAAUGAGUAGGCCCCUUCCCUCAAGGAGCUUACAAAUUAGAGUGGACCAGGAGUAAGAAAGGGAUAGGAGCCAGGGAGGCACAGCUUGGGGAACAGGGCACCUGUUUUUCCAUGCAAAAGGUCUCUGGUUCACUUCCUGGCCAGUUAAAAGAAGGAUUGGAAAAGGACUUCUCUCUGCCUAUCCUUGCUGCUGAAGAGAGUAGUGGGCUAGCACAGUGUUCUUCAAUCUUAGGCCCCUAGAUUUGGUGGGACUACGACUCCCAUCAUACCAAUGGUCAUUAGCCAUUGGUCAGGAAUGAUGCAUGCUGCAGUAAAACAACAUCUGGGGAACCCACCUGAUAGAAGGCAGCAUCCUUCUUGUAUGAACACAGGAAGGUAUGUAUUGUUCAUGCUUGGUUGCCAUCAGCUCGGAGGAUCAAAGGAGUGGUGUGACUUUGUGGGCUGUUGCUUUCCUUGGAAAAGCUGCACAUCUAACCUCCACCUGUGUAAUGCAGUGGUCUGGAUGAAGCAGCUGUGAAGCAGUGGAAGACUAAAAACCCAGGCUCCAGUCUUCUGAUGCAGAGUGGAGUGAAGAAAUGAAGGGACAGCAGAAAGCAGUAGAGACGGAAGAGGGCACUGUGCAAAUCCAGGAAGGGGCAGUGGCGACAGGUGAAGAUCCCACCAGUGUGGCCAUUGCUAGCAUUCAAUCAGCUGCUACCUUCCCUGAUCCCAACAUCAAAUACGUCUUCCGGACAGAAAAUGGGGGCACUCAGCUGAUGUACAGGGUGAUUCAGGUAGCCGAAGGGCAGCUGGAUGGGCAGACGGAGGGCACCGGGGCCAUCAGCGGUUAUCCUGCAACACAGUCCAUGACACAGGCUGUCAUCCAGGGCGCAUUCACCAGUGAAGAUGCCGUCGAGACAGAAGCUGCGACCACAGAGACGCACUACACGUACUACCCUGCCACUGCAGUGGCUGACACCAGCACGUCUGCCGGGGCAGGGACCACAGCCACAGCUGUGGUGACGACCCAGAACUCGGAUGCCCUGCUGGGGCAAGCGACGCCAACUGGCACAGGGCAGUUUUUUGUCAUGAUGUCGCCACAGGAGGUUCUGCAAAGUGGGACACAGAGGUCCAUUGCACCCAGGACUCACCCUUACUCACCGAAGUCUGAAGCCCCACGAACAACCCGAGAUGAGAAACGUCGGGCGCAGCACAAUGAAGUGGAGCGCAGGCGCAGGGACAAGAUCAACAACUGGAUUGUGCAGCUGUCUAAGAUUAUCCCUGACUGUUCCAUGGAGAACACCAAAUCUGGACAGCUCAAUCAAUCGCUUUCACUGCAGAGCAAAGGAGGCAUCCUCUCCAAAGCUUGUGACUACAUCCAGGAGUUGCGGCAGAGCAACAUCCGUCUCUCUGAGGAGCUGCAGGGCUUGGACCAGCUACAGAUGGACAAUGAGGUCUUGCGGCAGCAGGUUGAAGACCUGAAAAACAAGAACCUGGUUUUGCGAGCGCAGCUGCGGCAGCACGGCGUGGAGGUCAUCAUCAAGGACAGCCACUGAUAAGCCACCACUGACCAAGGGCCCUCCUUGCCCUCCUCCUCCUCCUCCAGCACAGCAGCCAACGGGGGUCCUGUGCCUCGCCGGUGCUUCCAUGCCAGGCCCCCGUCCUUGUUGUACAGACCCAGUGAGCAGCGCUGUUGCCCGGGCCAGGGAGCUGGGCUGGGCUCAGCUCAGGACACUUGCCUCUGCCCAGUGCUCUCCUUCAUGGCCCGGGACCUGGCUUGCCCCCUUGAGCUUAGACGCUGCCUCUCGACACAGUCCUCUGUCUUGAUACGACCCUAAUCAGUUCCAGGGUCAUGACCUUUUCUCUCUUUCUUUCUCUCCUCCCUUUGAACAGCACCUCCCACCUGUGCGCUCGACACACCUCUCGCUGUGUCCGUGCAUGCGAUAUUAUGUAGACAUGUUGCACGUCCCCCAUUUCUCCCUCGCGCCGCUUAUAGGCCCUGCCCUCCACAGCACUGCCCAUCUCCGGGCACCUUACUCUUUGUGAGCGUGGAGAGCUGAGGAGCUGAGAGUCUUCCUCUCCCCCAGCCCUGCUUUGUGGCUCUCUGGCCCAGUAGGAGGAACCCUUUACACCACAGAGACAGCCUCACACACGCUUCCCCUUCAAGGCUGGCCACCUAGUUCUGCCUCUGGGCUUCCACUCAAACAGCUGCAGGUCUGAUGUGGCCCUGAAAACCCUCCCGAGAGUCUGGGCUUGCAGUGAAGACAAGCCUGCCACAGCCUCCCCCUUUCUUUACUCCACACCAUGGAAGGUGAUUUAAAGUUGCUCUCGUGCCAUGGAAGCCGUUUGCCAAGGAGGUGAGUGUGGGCCGAGAGCAGCAGUAGCUGUCCUCCCGUCUCAGGUGAUUGGACAACUGGUUGGGGUGAUGCUUCUCUUUUUUUUCCUCCCCCCGUUUUUUGUUUUUUUAAAAAAGUCUCUGGAUUAAAAAAAUAAAGUAAUGGAAAAGCAA